UAGUCUGCGGCGAGUUGUGCCACGCGAUGUACCCACGUUUAGUUAGCCUCCUGUUGCUGAUCCUUAGCUUCAGACAAAGGGUAGAUUGCCUGCAGUUGAGCAACUGCAAUAAUACCGAGGUGACCUUGUUACGGGACACGGAGUUCCUGACGUCACUCACCCUGAGUAACUGCAGCCUGCCGCAUCUGGAAAAUGCCUUCUUUGUGCGUUUCGAUCAUCUUCUCCAUCUGGAGCUGCAAUACAGUGGUCUAAGUGAUUUGGAUGACUUUUCACUUAAUGGUCUGAGCAAACUACAAUCACUUUCGCUCUGCCACAACAAUCUGAGCACCCUGCGAUCCUGGUCCAGUGAGCCCUUGGGCGCCCUAACCAACCUGGACUUAAGUCACAAUAGAUUUAGGAAGCUGAGGGCCAAGAAUUUUCAACUUUAUCCCCAGCUGCAAACACUUGACUUGCAAGGCAACCAGAUCAGUCAAAUCGAGGAGGAUUCCUUUAAUGGAUUGUCCCAUUUGAAGCAUCUACACCUUAAUGGAAAUCAACUGCAGCACAUCGAUGGCAACUUUUUUCGCGGCCUCCAUCGCCUCUCCAGUCUAACACUUCAGCAUAAUCUUAUUGAAGGCAUCGAGAUGGAAUCCUUUGAAAGCAAUACCCAUCUUCGCAGCCUGCGACUAGAUCAAAACCUUCUGGCCAGUCUACAGUUUCUCAGCCAACGAGGACUGGCCCGACUGGUACACUUGAAUCUAUCGAAUAAUCUUGUGCAAAAACUGGAGCCCCUGGGAUUUUCCAAAAACUUUGAGCUCCAGGACCUGGAUUUAAGUUACAAUAAGCUGACCAACCUAAGUAAGGAGGUUUUAUCGGGCUUGGAUUCAUUGGAGCGCCUCAACAUAAGUCACAAUCAAGUGGAAGUGUUAGACACCGAAAGUCUGGGGACUCUUGUUGCCCUUCUUCAAAUUGAUCUGAGCUCUAAUCGACUGAUCUCGCUGCCUGAGAAAUUAUUCCAUGCCAACACUCAGCUGGAAGAGAUUAUCCUUUCCAACAACCAAAUAAGACAGUUGUCCCCUGAGAUAUUGAUCAAUCAAAACCAUUUGAGAUAUAUCAAAUUGGCCGGAAAUGCACUGGAUGAAGCUGAUUUCCUGCAAAGACUGUCUCCUUCCCUUAACCGUCUUUCUCUCUAUGUGGAUCUUAGUUCUAAUCGUCUAAAAUCGGUUAGUCUCAGCAGUCUGCUUCACUUUAGAUACCUCAAUUUGGCGGAUAAUAACUGGAACUGUGCCUGGUUGGUGGAGAAUUUAGUGAGAAAACUGCCAGCCUCUGUGAACUUUGUUCGUCCCUGGAGGGUAAUUAAUGACUGGAGUGAAAAUAUUACCAAUAUUGAGGGCAUAGACUGCACUGAGGGCGGAAGCAAUCGUUCUAUUAUUCUACUGGAUGUGAGUAAGGUUCCCCAACAAAAGACAGGCAAUUGCGAGUGUGAUCCAACUUAUGAUGAGUCUAAUCCCUCGCCACCUCCUCUCACCUGGCCCAAGAUACCCACAGAUCGAUUUGAUUCGCGAUCAGUGAUCAUCUGGAUGCUGGUGGCCAUCGCAAUGGCCUUCGCAGGACUUCGUUGGUUGCGAAGAUUCGUGGAUCGCAAUGAGAAACGUAAACCCGGGACAAAGGAGCUGAAUAAUGUGUACGUCAGCAAAAUUCAGUGGCAGCCGGUGCGAAACGAUCACGAGAGAUCCUAAUCACUUUUUAAAAAUAAAAUUCACAUCGGUUGAAUAACAAUUAUAUUGAGUUUCAUCUUUGUGUCUUAAAAUAUAAGAAAAAUGUGUGUCAAUAAUGAAUCCAAUCUAAUAAAAUCUAUACUUAGGCUAUGAAAUCCA